AUGCUUUCGAGGGUGGUACUUAGCGUUGACAUUUCACCUUCUGCUUGUAUGUCAGCCAGCGUGACACCCACUGCUACUCCAGACAGUUACCACACUUCCUACUCUGUUACCACACCGACCGUUGCCUCCGCACCUACCUACAACUCCGCUCUAGUUCCAAGUAUGCAGUUGGAAGGAAAAUAUAUGGAAAUCCAAAAUACCAAACAAGAAAGAAUGACCUCGCAAUCAUGCCAGCAACGCGACGUGUUGUCAAAACUCUCGCAAGACAUUGUACAGAGUAGUAGUAGUAGUAGUAGUAGUAGUAGUAGUAGUAGUAGUAGUAGUAGUAGUAGUAGUAGUAGUAGUAGUAGUAGUAGUAGUAGUAGUAGUAGUAGUAGUAGUAGUAGUAGUAGUAGUAGUAGUAGUAGUAGUAGUAGUAGUAGUAGUAGUAGUAGUAGUAGUAGUAGUAGUAGUAGUAGUAGUAGUAGUAGUAGUAGUAGUAGUAGUAGUAGUAGUAGUAGUAGUAGUAGUAGUAGUAGUAGUAGUAGUAGUAGUAGUAGUAGUAGUAGUAGUAGUAGUAGUAGUAGUAGUAGUAGUAGUAGUAGUAGUAGUAGUAGUAGUAGUAGUAGUAGUAGUAGUAGUAGUAGUAGUAGUAGUAGUAGUAGUAGUAGUAGUAGUAGUAGUAGUAGUAGUAGUAGUAGUAGUAGUAGUAGUAGUAGUAGUAGUAGUAGUAGUAGUAGUAGUAGUAGUAGUAGUAGUAGUAGUAGUAGUAGUAGUAGUAGUAGUAGUAGUAGUAGUAGUAGUAGUAGUAGUAGUAGUAGUAGUAGUAGUAGUAGUAGUAGUAGUAGUAGUAGUAGUAGUAGUAGUAGUAGUAGUAGUAGUAGUAGUAGUAGUAGUAGUAGUAGUAGUAGUAGUAGUAGUAGUAGUAGUAGUAGUAGUAGUAGUAGUAGUAGUAGU